AUGUCCCUGGACGAAUCGUCAAUCCCUGCCAAGGAGCAAGUAGACAGGGAGCUCCAGCAGUUUCUCCUCGUCCAGCAGCAAAGGGCACAGUUUCACGCUCAGGUGCAGCUUCUGAGACUAUUGCUCAUAUGGGGAUUAGCCAGAGGCUACACCUAUGUGUUUUUCCAGGUGAUGAAACUUCAUGAAAUGUGUUGGGACUUGUGUACGGAGGGGAAGAUGAGCUCCAAGACGGAUGCCAAAACAGAGACGUGCUUUUCGAACUGUGCCGACCGCUUCAUAGACGUAAAUCUCACCAUCACGCAGCGCUUUGCACAGCUACUCCAAAAGUCAAGUGGAGGUUUCUAG